UUUAUAAUAAAUAAUAAUAAAAGUAUUUUUAAAAAAAUCUUCUGAUAUUUUUAGAAAAACAUAUAAUUUAUAAUGACUCAUAUGGAAGCAUUUAAACUUCCAUCUAAUGUUCCAUCUGAUUAUAAGGAUAUUGUACUUGAUACUUUGUAUAAAAUGGAAGAACAUGUUGAAGCUAGAGGAUUAAGAUAUCAAUGGAAUUUAGAUGAUUUUGAAAUUGGUGCACCUCUAGGCAGAGGUAAAUUUGGACGUGUUUAUUUGGCUAGAGAAAAAACUACACAUUAUAUGGUUGCAUUAAAAACUUUAUAUAAAGUAGAAUUAAUGAAAGGACGUGUAGAGAAACAAGUAAUGCGUGAAAUUGAAAUUCAAACGCAUUUAAGGCAUCCUCAUAUUCUUCAAAUGUUAACAUAUUUUCAUGACCAUAAACGUAUUUAUCUUGUAUUAGAAUUUGCAGCUAGAGGAGAAUUAUAUAAGGAAUUAAAACGACAACCCAAUGAAAGAUUUAAUGAACACUUAUCUGCUAAAUAUACUUAUCAAGUGGCAGAUGCUUUAGAAUACUGUCAUAAAAAUAAUGUGAUUCACAGAGAUAUAAAACCAGAGAAUUUACUACUUACUUAUGAAGGUAAUAUAAAGUUAGCAGAUUUUGGCUGGUCUGUUCAUGCACCAUCAUCUAAAAGAAAUACAUUAUGUGGAACAUUAGAUUAUUUACCUCCAGAAAUGGUAUCAGGACAAACAUAUGAUAUAUAUGUUGAUCAUUGGUGUUUAGGCAUUCUUUGUUAUGAAUUUCUUGUUGGUAGACCACCUUUUCUUAGUGAUUCACAGCAAGAAACUUAUGCAAAAAUAAAGACAUUAAAUAUACAAUGGCCAGAACAAAUUACACCAGGAGCUAAAGAUUUGAUAUCAAAAUUAAUUAAACGAAAAAGUUCAGAAAGAAUUUCUAUGGCUGCUGUAAAAAAACAUUUCUGGAUAUUAAAAUACAAAGAUGCAUAAUAAUAUAAAAAUUUUAAAAAUUAUGAGAGGUAUAUAUUUUUUAUUAUAAAAU